AUGUCACUGCCCAACGCAUUCGUCACACUCCUUACGACACCUUCGUAUCUGCCUGGUGCGCUUGUCCUCCUUCAUUCUCUUCUGGACCUUCAUCCUGCUCCCAGGGACUUCAAGAUCGUCUGUCUCGUCACUCCCGAAACUGUAGAUGCCAAGACGAUUGGGGAAUUAAGAAAGGCAGGAUUCGAUCUGGUGAUUGGAGUGGAACCGAUUGGAAGUGGAAGAGCGGGUCAGAAAGGUUUACAUCUGAUGGGCCGACCUGAUCUCAACUUCGCUCUGACCAAACUCCAUCUCUUCCGACUCCAUCCCUUCUUUUCGACUUUGAUCUACCUUGACGCCGAUGUCCUCCCCCUCCGACCACUCUCUCACCUGUUCAGCUCAACCAACCCACACAUCCUCUCGGCAUGUCCCGAUACAGGCUGGCCGGACUGCUUUAACUCUGGAGUGAUGGUCAUUCGACCUCGUGAAUCCGAUUGGAUAGGCUUGAAAGGUAUACUGAAAGAUGGUGAAGGAGAUGAUGGAAUCUACAGAGAGAACGAAGUGGGCAAUGGGAGUUUUGAUGGUGCAGAUCAAGGAUUGUUGAAUGAGUGGUUCAGUGAAGAAGGGGGUGGUGGACAAUGGAAUAGAUUACCUUUCACGUACAAUGUCACUCCAUCAGCAGCGUAUACUUGGGCACCGGCAUAUAAACGAUAUGGUCACAAGAUCAGUAAUGUCCAUUUCAUUGGCCCAAAUAAACCUUGGUCGAAUCUCAAUGGACGUCCAGCAGGUAUAAGUAAUGUCAAGGGGAAAGAGCCUUCUUAUGAUUACCCUGCCUUGCUCGAUCGAUGGUAUCAUGUCUAUGACACCCACGUCCGACCUUCUGCUGCACAUGAUCCCGACAUCUCCAGACGUUUCGCUGUUCCAGAGACUAUCGCCGCCUGGAAUCAGUCUGGUGCAGCUACAGGAGCACCGCAACAACCGAUAGAUCGACUUAAUCUCGAUGAAUUGAAAGCUGCUUCUGCUCAUGGUGUACUUUCAUUCAAGACCGGUCAAUAUACAAGUUUACCCCUAGAAGGUCGGGUCGACCUGUUGAUGCCUAAACCUCAACCUAAACCGGCGAGUAUCACUUUACCACCUUCACCGCCGCUCGUGGAUCCUACGGCCCUCUCGUCCCCACCACUGGAAGCUGUCCCUCCUCCACCUACACUGCAACAGCAAGUGACCCAACCUGCUGUUUGGGAUGCGGUCCACUUCGCUCCUCCUGCUCAUGGUAAACCGGAGAUGUCAAUUCGAAUGGAUACAAUCUAUCAGAACGCAUGGGAACAACCUUCGAGAAGUCAAUCAUCGUACUACUCUGCUCCUCCUCCUCAAGCUGAACCCCAAUACCCUACUUUACCUGAAAACGUGAGGAAAGAUGACUGGUACAAGCAAUUUACAGGAUCAGUACCUGAUCGAUCGAGCGUUCAUGCUGUCUUCCCAUGGGAGCAAAAGGGUAAAAGUCGACCUACACCUGGUAGAGUUUUCCCCAGAGGUGAUACACCACCUCCUGCCCAGCAAGAACACUCACAACCCCAACGACCAAGUAUCCUUGUGAGAGAACCCACACCAGAUUAUCGAUCACCACCACACCAGCCCUCGCCUCCACAUGUACAAUCGCCUCCAUCUCGAUCGAUGGCCGAAGCUAUGGCAUCGUAUACGAACGCGUGGGAUGAUAUACCGCAGAUCAACAAGUACGUGAGAAGGAUGUCUGGUAUGGGUAUGUCCAAAGAUAUCAGGUCGUUCACUUCUCAUGGUGGAUUACAAUCUGUCCCUGGUACCCCCAAAGCAGGAGGGACUAUCGAUUUCUCAACUUCGACGGGCAGACAGAACAAAGGUAAAAGUAGGGAUAGGAAUACUGGUUCUUUAACCGAUACGAGUGGUGACGGUGACGACGAAGGUGAUGAGUCCGAUGAUGAGGAAUCUUCAGACUCACCUGUAGUCUCUCAGUCUUCUUCGGGAGAAUUUGAAGAUUCCUCGACAUCGUAUCCCGAUCAUGAGAAUUACAGGGAUCAUUCUUCUCAGACUGAAUCGCCAAAUCAGGUAGAUGCGAAAGUUCAAGUUGUUCCCGGAGGCGGAACCUCACCUGCAGUUAGGACUUUUCAGUUACCCUCUCAUCACUUCCAGCAACAACAAGUACAAUUAAAAUCUGUUCCGUCAAAUAGAAGAUACAAUAAAUCACCACAACAAGGUAAUUACAACAACACUCAAAAUGUUAAUGCGUUAUCAUCUGGAUCAUCAACUUCAUCUGAUACAACCCCUAAACCACUCUCACCACCUUCUUACCAAACUCAGUCUGGAGGACCACCCAUCCUCCAACCUCUUCCUGAGUACGGAUUCGACUUUAGGGGAAGUACAUCGCAUGGCACAGGAAAUGGGAAUGGAAAGGGUAGUAGAGUAUGGGAUCCAAAUACCGAUCCUGAAAGUAGAAAAAGGGAUUCACAGGAGGUUUUAAGUAGAUUUAUGCGGGCAGGAGGAUUUGGUAAAUAG